AAAGAACUUUGUUAAUACUCCUUCGUUGUUUAUUUGAGGCCUUAUUUUUAGUCCUCCGGUCGAGAGUAACGCUAAAGAAAGUGCGAGAGAAAAAAAAAUGGGCGUGUUUUUUCCUUCGCGUUACGUUUAUUUGUUGUGCGAAGGGAAAAAAAUAAGGGAUGGGCUGCUCGUAUGUAUUUAAGCUUCUGUGGACGCUGGUUGCAUAGUGUUCUUAGAGUCUGAUGCCAAACGCUAGCGUCAGUUUUUGUGAGCUCCUGUUUUGAAAGUUUGGCGUCGUGGUGGAAGCUUUUACCACUCUUAUGUUCACGUGUUAUAUGAUGUCUGCUUGGCAGUUUCCUCGACAUAAAAUAGUUUUCGUUCUGUUACCAUCAGCACGGCAUAGGAAGGCGUAUCAAAAUAUGUCAGCCAUGGCUUGGUGUUGUAGUUUUUACACUGUAUGCUUUGCAGGUCUUCAGAAAGAGUUCACAGUACCUGUAUCCGAGGAUCUGUUCAUAAGAAAACAAGCUAAACUAGAACAGCAGUGUCCAGAAGCUAUUAUUGAACUCUACAACAGCGUGUUGGAUCACCUCGGAGCUGUUGUUUCGUCCAACAGUUUGCAGCGUCUUUCCUGGCCAAUCAGUGAAUUUACUGAUGACAAGAAAAUAGAUAAUGGUCUGCCAGAUGAGAUGUGGAACAGCUACGAAAAUCUUGAAAGACUUCACAACUGUAUCACAGCUUUAAAACUGCCUCCACCUCCACCAGCUGCAGUUGAUGGCAUCUGGGAGUCUGAAAGUGAAUUGUGUCUGGAGUACGCUCGAAGUCUUUCAACAAACACAACGGGACUGUUAAACAGGGUUAAGACGAUUCUUGCACGUGCCAAGCGAGUUUUGGAAGAGAUCAACUUCCUCUCGGACAGUCCCAGGCUGUCCGCAUCUCAGGUUCCCUGGCCACUCGUCCUGGACGCAUGCGUCAACUUUCGUCUAACGCCCUUGCAUUCGGACCCAGACCUAGCGGAGCAAGACGUUUACUUCUUGGCAGACGAGCUGAAUACAUUUGAACAACCAUCUCUUUGGCGGGAGUCGGCGAGAUUGUCAAAGGAGGAAGCUGCUAAAGUUAAAAGUGAAAACAGUCUAGAGUCAUCAAUACCGAAGAAGACCAGAGAUGUGAAGCUACACGAGUCAUUUGUAGACAUAGAGCAACAACUUGAUAAAAUAACAGGUACUUCCCAUAAUAUCGCGACACACUCACUGCAGCCGGCCUCGUUGGUCACCCCUCCUCACCUCUCUACGCCUUUGCUAACUCCACUUCUUGUCACGCCAAUUCCUGUCACGCCAUCUGUAGAUGUGGAACCUUCAAGUUCAUCGUCAGAUUCCGCCGUACGAACGGCAAGCGAAAGAUUACAGACCGCAGUGGAAGAAGCCAAAACAGAGUCUAAACGGUUUGAAGAAUUGUUGAAGAGCGUCCUCGGAGACGGGGACAAUCCUCGGGUAAUGGGACAGAGCGCAUGGAGGAAACGAAAAGCACAGAGCUUGGGAGAAAGCAAAAAGUCUCCAAAAUUCCUUGAAGAAUUGCAUAUCCCGGAUAUCGACGUCUCAUUCGGUUCUCUUGAAGAAAGCUUGCGCUGCUUCAAUCAAACGCUCAGGUUACAAAGACGUUCUGACCAGUUCACAGAGACAAGGCUGAAGGAGUGUCUGGAGUCUUGAAUAAAAUGAAGCAUGUUAUGACAACUAUACCAAACUGUUUCACACCCUGCAAAGCCAGGCUUGUCGCUUGUCUAUGAAGUGUGGAACUGGGGUUUGCAAGAUUAUGAAGUGUCUUACACCAGUGAAAAAGAACAAACAAGUGUUGUUGUUUUGUUUUGCUUUGUUUUGUUUUUACCCCACUGAUCUCAAAUGCUAAUUCUCCUGACAGAUUGCCAUACAUUUCUAGCGUUAACAAUAGGGAGAAUUGAAUUCUUUGUCACGACAUCGUUUUGGAAGUAGUCUGUGAAUGUAUUCUUUCUACAGCCUGCACUGCUCAGUUUCAGGGUUUGAAACAGUUUUCCACUUUAAAGUCGGUGAAUAACGGGAAAAUAUUCACUCAAAGCUGUCGAACUCCACUGGGGUAAAUAAUUGUUUCAGAAUUAGCCGACAUCGUUUACAGUUGUUACAUACUUAAAGUAGUUAUAGCAUUUAUAUUAUUUGAAUAAUAAAAUAUGUUUGCGAAUAA